AUGGAAAACGCAGCCGUGGCUUCCUGGGAGCGUGCAGUACCGGAAGACGGCCGGCCGGUCGGGCGCCCGCGCGCGCGCGCGCUCGCAGGCGCCCCCGAGCCCAACCCGCGCCGGCUCCAGCUCGCGUCAGCACCCGGCUUCCUGGCCCGGGCCGUCGCCUGCCUCUCGAGCGCCAACGACGACACCGCCACGGCCGCGGCGGGCGCGCUGGCGACGCUUGUUUUGUACACGCCCGAGGCAUGUGCCCUGGUCCUGCAGCAGGGCGGUGCUAUGCAGGCGCUGCUGUCGCUCGUGGACGGCAGGCGCUCCGGCGCUAGCCCCGACGCGAGCAGCAACGCCCUGACCUGCCUAGCCAACCUGGGCACCUGGAGUGGCGACGAGGCGCCCCUCCGCCGGCUGGCGGCCGAGCCGGCGUUCAUGGACGCCGCGUGCGCGCGCGUCGCCGGCGCCGGAGACGCGUGCGCCUAUGCGGCGGCCCACCUGCUCAACGAAAUGAUCUCCCUGCCUGCAGACUGCGCCGACAGCGCAGACGACGACCCUGCCGCCGGUUUUCCGUCGCCCACGCUCCUGUCGGCGAGCCUGGCGCCGCGGCACUGGCGCGCACUCGGGGCGCAGCUGACCGAGCUCCUGCGCGCCGCCGCCGCGCCGCAGCGGCAGCAGGGCGGCGCGGGGGCGGCGGCGCGGCCCCACCCAGAGUUUGCGCGUAUGGCCCUGCGCCUGGCGUGGCACGGGAUCUGCUCGGAAGGAGCGGCGGCGCCGCUACUGAAGCCGUGGGUCGAGGACGUCGAGGACGUGACAGCAGUGGUGGCGGCGGGGGCGCCGCGGCAUCGGGGCGUGCUGAUGGAGGCUCUUAUUGCGGAGCCGGACGCCGUGCUGUGCCUGGCGCGCCUGGCGAGCUCAACGAGCCCCCUGGUCGACCCUACGGAUGAGGUGCGCGAGGCUGCAGCGGACCUCCUGAUUACCCUGCUUGGAGAUGCAGCCGACGUGCCUAACGGCCCCGUCUUGCGGCUGGCGGCCAGCGACGACGAGGUCAUACCGCUGCUGCGCGACUGGCGGACCCCCCCCGCCGCCGCGGCGCAGCUGCGCUGCGUGCCGGGCGUGCUGGCAAUGUUUGCUGUUGAGAUGUCGCGGGACGCCAGGACUGAGCUGGUGGGUGGGAUGGGGAGGAUCCUGCGCGAGGGGCGGCGCGGCGCAUGGGUGGAGGCCGCCGCAUGGACGCUGGACGUGCUCUCUUGCGUGAGCCCAGGCGCGGUAGCGCGCGUGUUGACGGCCCACGACAAUAUGCUCGGCGCGAUCUCUGGCGCCCUGGAAUCCGCCUCCGAGGCAGUGGCCGCGGCCGGCGGCGGCGGCGGCGGCGGCGGCGCCGCGGCCGGCGGCGGCGCAGGCCCUGUUGGGGAUGCCGGUCCUGCUCACGGCGGCGACGGCGGCGAGCCGGCAGCGGCCUGCAGCCGCAGGACCGCCGCCCACCUCACGAAAUCCCUGGCCCGCAUCAGCAGUGUAGUCAGCCUGGGCGCCGCCGGGCCGGUUGCGCCGCCGCGGCCCACCCACAUCGCCCUGCUUCAGUCCCUCGUCACCGCGACGCGUCAGCUGUCCUUGGGCGCCUGCUGCCAUGGCUGGCUCGGCGCCGCGUGGGCAGCCGAGGCGCUCUCGAGCCCUAAGCUGCUGCCGGCCCUCGUGGCGCGCGCCAACGCCCCUGCCGAAGCGUCGAGCCCCUCGCCGCUGCGGCCGUGGUGCGAGCUUGCGCGCGACGCCCCCGGCAUCCUGCGCCGCUGCCGCGCCGUGCUCGCCGACCACGCGCGGCGGCGGCGGCGGCGCUGGGAGCUGCGGGGCGACGGCAGCGGCGGCGGCGGCGUGGGUGGCGACGCAGGAGGGGCAGGGGCGGCAUGCGAGGCCUUGAGCGAGGAGGAGGAGGCUGAGGCGGACACGGCGGCCGCGGCGCACUCGGUAUGCCGCUGCGUGCUUGCCGUGCUCGUCCGUGUCCUGAUAAUGCAGCUCCCUGGCUCAGGGCGCCACGGCGGCGAGGGUAAGGAGGAGGGCGGCGGCGGCGGUGGCGACGGCGCCGCAGGCCUUGGGACUGGGCCUUGGGACUGGGAGGACCUGUGGGCGGCGGUCGCUGCGGUGGGCGGCUGCGGCGAGCUGAAAUCUCUCGCGCUGCUGGCGCUCGCGUUGGUCGAGGCACGGCGGUGUAUCGCCUGCGCCGGCGAGGCGGCCGGCGCAGGCGUGGCGCCAAGCGGCGCCGCGGCGCGUGCGCGGCUGCUGCUGGAUCAGCUGUGGGGGAUCAUGCAGGAGGAAGCUGCUCUAGUGGCAGCUGCGCCGUACCCAGACAUGCGCACGGCAAGUGAAAAAGCUGCGGAGAUUGGGUGGCGGCUGGCGGCUGCGCACGAUGGGGUCCGCAACACCAACAAGGCACGCAAGGCUGCGGUGCGGCAGGAAAUUGCGGAGAUGUCCCGAGCACUGCCGUCGCAGUCAAGGCAGAUGCUGCAUCGGCGGGAGCAGCAGCAGCAGCAGCAGCAGCAACAGCAACAGCAGCAAGAGGAGGAGGCGGUGGAGGAAGGGGCAGAGGAGGUGGAUUGCAGUUGCAGCAACGACGAGCAAGAGCGCGGGCGCUGGUCGCUGCUGUUUGCCGCCAGCCCAUCCCUGAUCGCCGCGCUCUGCCUUGGGAGCGACUACAGCUGCAGCACCUGCAUCGGCCAAGGCCCGCCGCCGGGGCCCCCCGGCGCCUUGGUGGACCCAUUGAUGAACGGCCGCCUGACCGCGAUGGCGCGCACCCCUGGGGCCGCAUCGCGGCAGUGCGAGGAGGUGCAGCGGCAGCUGCGGGAGCAGCAGGGGCUGCAGGAGUCCGCCGGGGGUUGCUUGACGUGA